CCUGGUUACGCAUUAAGGAAAUAUUCUAUUUUGACACCGAAACGUGUUUCUUUCUAAUAUGAUUCUACUGUAAGUAGCAGCAGUGUUAAUUAUUGAGGGGUUCUUAAAAAUAAGCUCUCCUGAUGGUGACAUAGAAUUCAUUAUCGGAGGUGAAGGUGAGGACGUGGUACGUACCCAGACUUUAUUAGUGCGCAUACUAUACAAGCCAGCUAGCGCUGACGUUUGUUGGCUCGUCUGGUUGUAAAUUUAAAAUUCAGACAUACUCGAUAGAAAUUUGAAUGGCUACAGAUAUGACACAUUCUACACAAUGUCAGUUUGUUACAUCCUGCCUUUAAAUUGUAGUUGCCUGUGUGCUAACGUUCCUCGCCUCCUGUGUUCACCGAGCGCCACGUCACAAACUUAUGAAGGGGACCAAACAGCAAUAGAGGGACUGUACUGGCUGGACUAUAUACCUCAUCUAAAUUAAACACGUACCGUUUUCCCUUAUACCUGCGGAUUUCCCUUAAACCUUCGGAUAACAGUUGUUUCUCGGAGAGCGAAAAUGACGUCGUCCAACUGGGGUCUAAUAAUGAAUGUUGUCAACAGCAUUGUCGGGGUCAGUGUGCUGACUAUGCCUUUCUGCUUUAAACAGUGUGGUAUUGUAUUAGGCAGUCUGUUGCUUUUCUUCUGCUCAUGGAUGACCCAUCAGUCCUGUAUGUUCCUGGUCCACACGGCCAGUAACACCAAACGCCGGACUUACGCUGGUCUGGCUUUUCAUGCUUUUGGUAAACCAGGGAAGGCACUUGUGGAACUGAGUAUGAUAGGUCUAAUGCUAGGAACAUGUAUUGCAUUCUAUGUGGUCAUUGCAGACCUGGGAUCCAACUUCUUUGCCCAGCUACUAGGUCUACAGGUGACAGGUAGUUUCCGUGUUGUGUUGCUGAUUGCUGUGUCACUAUUCAUCGUGCUCCCUCUGAGCCUGCAGAGGAACAUGUUGGCAUCUCUCCAGUCCUUCUCUGCAAUGGCGCUGAUCUUCUACACGCUCUUUAUGUUCACGAUAGUCUUGUCUUCCCUGCGUUACGGCAUUAUCAGUGGGUCAUGGGUGGAGAGAGUGCACCUGUGGCGCAUCAGGGGUGUCGUGCAGUGUCUGCCCAUUAUCGCCACUACGUUCUGCUGCCACCCGCAGGUGCUGCCUACGUAUGAUAGCCUGGAUGAGCCCUCAGUCAAGAGAAUGAGCACCAUCUUCACCUCUUCACUCAAUGUUGUCACUACCUUUUACAUCACUGUGGGCUUCUUUGGCUAUGUGAGCUUCACUGACACCAUUGAUGGGAACGUGCUAAUGAAUUUCCCCUCAAACCUGGUGACGGAGAUGAUCCGAGUGGGCUUCAUGAUGUCUGUGGCAGUGGGCUUCCCCAUGAUGAUUCUGCCCUGCAGACAGGCCAUCAACACCAUGUUGUUUGAGCAGCAGCAGAAGGAUGGCACCUUUGCAGCAGGUGGGUACAUGCCGCCUCUUCGCUUCAAGAGCAUCACCCUGUGUAUCGUCUUCGGGACCAUGCUGGGCGGUAUCCUCAUCCCCAACGUGGAGACUAUCUUGGGUCUAACUGGAGCCACUAUGGGCAGCCUGAUCUGUUUUAUCUGCCCAGCUCUCAUCUACAGGAAGAUCAUGAAGAACGGCCUUGCUGCACAGCUAGUUCUGUGGGUCGGCCUCGGGAUCCUACUGCUGAGCACCUUCACCACUCUGUCCAUACCCAGUGAGCGCGCCCAGCCAGGGCCUCAGCCCGCUGCCUCUGGCAACGACAAAGUGGGUGGCUUUGCCGCGGUUGACCUGCCCAAACACCCUGCUCAAGAAAGCCCAGUAGCCCCAGUGCCUGCAGAAGGACUGGAGAAGCCAAAACCUGCUGUGGAGCAGGUCCUUCCUCCAGGCCAGGUGGUGGUGCCUGGGGAAAAGGCCCCAGCUGAUCCUCCACAGAUAAUAGGACCUGUGGAAGUGCCUGAGAGGAAGAAGAAGGAGGAAGCACAACUGAACCGCCCCGAAGCAGGAGUCGCAGUGCCUGAUGGAGAGGCCCAUCGCCAUGAGCCUCCUAUCCCUCAUGAUGAAGUUCAUAUAGAGGAGCGCAAGAACCAGCAGGAGCUUGAUGAAGAAAAGAACCAGCCUGCCAAAAAUGAAGAGAAUGAGCUGGCCAAUCAGGAGGUGGGGCUGGUACCAGAGGUAGCCCAAGACAUCGUGAAGCAGGAGGCGGGGCCUAAAAAGCAGGAAGGUGUCGAGAAUGUGGCCAGUGAGGUUCAGAUGAACUUAGGUGACCUGAAGCAGCCCCAGCCAGUGGUGUUGGUGCAUAAGGAUGGAGAACAGCCUUUAGUAAAGGGGCAGCAGGCUGAGGAUGGAGCAGCUGGUGAAAAGGAGGAGAGAAUUGAAAAGGCAGCUGAUCCUGGGGAAGGGAAGCAGGCUGAAGCAGUGGCCCCUCUGCCUGAGGCAGGGGAUGGGGCUCCUGUUCCAGAGAAUAAAGACGAAAAGAGCCAAGAUGGGAAGGAGCUCAAGGACGGUGAUGGAGACAAGAUGGAAGUGAUUAAAAAGAUAGUUGCAGAGGGUGUGCUGGACCAUGCCAUGCUGCUACAAGUGAUCAAAGAGCAACAAGAGCAGCAAAAGAGGCUGCUGGACCAGCAGGAGAAGCUACUGGCUGUCAUUGAGGAACAACACAAAGAGAUCCAUCAGAAGAAGGGGGAAGAGGAGGACUCAAAGGCUGUAGGAGCUGAGGUUGAAGCAGACUUAGGCAAGGGGGUCCAGCAAGAGCCUGAAGUAGCUGAUGGAGCAGGAAAUGUGAGGGCUCUAGACCAGGACCUGGAGCACCAACAGGAUCCUGCACAUGGAGCACUUGCAGCUGAGGCCAAAGAGCAGCAAGCGAAAGAUCCCGUCGUAGUCCAUGCUGGGAAGAAUGCAGCGGAGGCGGAGAAUGCUGCUCAACACAUGGCAGCACAAGAUGGAGGCAUGGAGAAUCAACAACAAAAGAAUCAGCCUCCCCAGAUAGUGCAUGAUGGGGUCCCAAAAGAAGUGUUCCCCAAAGAUGAAGUAAAAGAGGUGGGCGCUAGAGGGGUACCCCUGCGCAACCAUGAGCCCAAGCCUCUCGGAGACAAACCAGCAAAGCUCAAAGACAACAUGCAGCAGUUGGAGCCAGAAGUGAUUGCAGAGGAGGAGAAGAGAGUUAAACAGAGGCUAGCCCAGCUGGAAGCAGAAAAUGAGAGGAUAGAGAAGGACAAGAUGGAGAAGGAGAGAAUUGAGAAAGAGGUGCAGGCCAGGGUCGAGAAAGAACGAAAGGAGAGGGAGAGGAAGGAGAAGCUUGCUCGGGAGCAGGAGCUGGAACGAGUCCGCCAAGAGAAAGAACGGUUGGAGAAGGAGAGGCUGGAAGCAGAGAGGCUGAAGAGAGAGAAAGAGGAGACUGAUAAUGAGCUGAUGGUGCGAGCUGAGAGGGAACAGAUGUUACAGGAGAAGGAGGAGAGGCUGGCCCAGCUGCAGCAGAUCAUUGACAAGCGCGACAGCAGGAAGGAGGAGGUUGGCGCUAAAGAGGGUCACGUGCCUAAACCUCUGAAUAAAGGAGGCAGGGACUUGAAGGAGGACGUGUUUGUUCAAGGGCAGGAGAUGAAAAAAGAUGACAAGAAGAGCAGAGAGGAGGGAGAUAUGGACCUGAGGAGGAGGCGCAGGGCCCUGGGGGCUGAGGCGAGGGGGGUUCCUGGUCUUGAGCCCUUUUUGGGGCUAGAGGGAUCAGACCUCCAUGCAGCCCUGGAGGGUCAGCUACUGGCUGGAGCUGUGGUCCACUCCCGCCAGAUCAAACGGACUCCCCUGAGCCAAAAUGCAGAAUAGCAGGUUUCAGCAAGUGAAGGUUUCAGCACACAGAAUCAUAUAUGCACACACUUCCACGGUUCAUUUUUUGUGGCUGAGACGAAGGACCUCUCUCCAUAUUCCCAUAUUGCUAUAUUUUUCCAUGUUUCACACAUAUGCAGAAUCUUCUGUCAACAGAAGGAUGGUCAAUUAUACCAGAAGAGCUAUUUUCAGUGAAGCUUUCCUACUAAACGUUAGGCAGUGGUGGAAUAUACUUGAGUAGAAUUUCAGAACUUUACUGUAGCAGUUUUGCAUUUGGCAACUACAGUUACUUUUCCACAUCUUGUUUUUACAGUAUAGUCUAUGAUGCACAUUACUUUUCAGGGAAAUUAAAAACCAAAACCAACAAGAACAUUUGACAUACUGAAACUAACCAUCAUAAAAAUACUGAGAAUUUUCUUCACAUUGUCAUUUGACUGAUAUAACUGUCAUGACAGACAUAACUCCUUAUAUAUAGAAUAUAUACAAAUACACAACAUACCAUGCCAUACUAUGUUAUAUUAUGGUACAGGUUUCCUUGAAAUUAAUUAUAGCAACUUAAACUGAACAUGCUGAAUUGACCAAGAUCAGCUUUGAAUCAUAAAAGCUGAGCAUUCAAGUAAACCCUCUAGUAAAUAUUUUACAUUUGAUGUUUAAGUCUGGAAAAUGCAUUUUAAAUUUGAUGCUUGAAAAUACUUGUACAUUGAACGUUUAACUUGGGUGGGCUCUUCCACUUUUGUACUUUUCCUACUAGAACAUGUCUGUCUCCAGUGAAGGGUUGUAGUUCAUUACACCACUGCAAGUAGGCUCGAUCUGCAAAACCAUCCAAUACAAAUCCACUUCUCACCCUCUCUUCUCUAGAGGAGCAGAUUUCCUAUAACGCUGGUAGAUGUCCCAUCCCUGCACUCAGCUGAAGGAGCUUCAGGGUCUACACUAUUCUCUCCUCCCUCUGCUUAGUGGUCAGCCACACCUUUAGAAGAAAGCACAUGUUCAAACUAUAUUUCUUUUCCCUCUAAAGAUACAACUCUGUUACUAUUACAGUAUGUCCAUGAGAUCUUAUGGAUUUGUUGGACCUUAACUGCAUUCUGGUAUGUUCAGGUCAAUUGAGUGUACUUCCACUGUCGGUCAGAAAAGAGUAAGGUGAUCAUUUUGCUUUGUAAAACUUUCUCUGAAGAGAGAUGACUGUUUAUACUUAAACCUGAUUCUUGGACCAAUCACCCUGGUUGCUAUCUUUGCUAUUCUUUAAAUUAAAUAGUUUUGUUUCUAUUGUUAUAAAUAAACAAUUACAUAUUCUUUCUACUCAUUGCCAUUGACCUCAGUCACAUCAAAGACUUUAUUUUGAAGACUCAGAAAUGUCAUAUUUUUGUCCAGUACUGCCUCUUGUAGCUCUCCUUACAAAUAUGGUUGACAAAUUAUGGCCAUUACUUUCCACACAAGUCAGGGUUUAUUACUGAAAAGAUAAUUAGCCUAUGUGAGGUGCAUAGGUAUGUACUUGAAUCAGAGUUUAUAAAUGCUUUGAGCACUUUGUAAAUGAUCCUUUUGUGGUGGUAGAAACACCUGUAGCACCAGAAAAAAAUUGUGAAAUUUUUGUAGACCUAAACAGUUCUGUAAUUUAUUUUUCUCCUUUUCAGGGUGGCUUUGUAUUUAGUAUGAAAGCUUUCUGAACUGUCAAGAGUUUACCUUGUAACUAAAGAAAUCAUGUAACCACCCUUGUUCAUACAUAAAGCAGGUGAAAUAAGUAUUGAACACAUCACCAAUUUUCUAAGUAAAUAUAUUUCUAAAAGUGCCCUUGACAUCAAAUUCUCACCAGAUGUCAGUAACAAUCCAUCCAAUCCAUGCAUGCAAAGAAAUCAAACCAUAGAUGUCCAUAAAUUAAGUUGUGUAAUAAUGAGAAAUGAAAAAGUAUUGAACACGCUUACUGAAAUUUAAUACUUCACACAAAAGCCUUUGUUGGUGAUGGCAGCUUCAAGACACCUCCUGUAUGAAGAAACUAGUAGCAUGCAUUGCUCAGGUGUGAUUUUGGCCCAUUCUUCCACACAAACACUCUUCAAAUCCUGAAGGUUCCGUGGGAUAC